GUUGCCACGAUCAAAUACGAGCCACCUUUAUUAUGGCGUAUGAAAAUGGCGCGUGUGUAGUAUUGAUAAAAGUAGUGAACAUAUGUUUUAAAAUAAUUACAAUAAAUAAUUGUCACCGUGGUGGAAAACUAUAGCCUUGUGGCGCCCUCGUGUGGCCCAUCGGUGGAUGACAUCUUUCAAAAUGGCUCCUUAGCAACCAGCAGACAGAAGGCCAAAACAUGACAAUAGUGGGCAGGAGGACGAGUCGUGUUUUUGGACGAAAGAUGCAGUCAACUUCUGAGAAGAAGGGUGCAGCACGAAGAUAUAGAAAACCACGCUGUGAUGAGGAGGUGGUCAAAGAGCUGUGCAUGGCCAAUGGGCUUUCCUUUGCCGACCUAGCUGAAGAGGCUUCCAGCAUUACCUCCCUGGAGGUCAUCUUGAGUGGUUUUCCUCGGAUGGUUGGCCUUUCCUUCUUUCCAAUGCUCCGCCAUCUUAAAAUACUGGGUCAGAACAUAAAGCGCAUCGAAGGACUGGAAAACUGUCCUUUACUGCAAGAGCUCUGGGUAGUCGAGUGUAAGCUGACUAAAAUAUCUGGACUGCAGCAUUGUCUUGAGCUGAAGAAACUCUACUUAUAUGAUAAUAAAAUAAGUGAAAUAAAGAAUUUAAAAUUGCAUAUCAGCAUAGAAGUCCUGUGGCUCAACAAUAACUAUAUCUCUCAGAUACAGGGCUUGAAAACGCUCCAGAACCUUCAAGAUUUAAACCUUGCAAACAAUAAUAUUCACAAGAUCGGGAACAGCCUUGUGAACAAUGUCAACAUUCACACUCUCAAUCUUUCCGGCAACAAGAUCAACUCCUUCAAGGAACUCACUUGGCUAUCCUGUCUGCCCCGAUUAAAAGAUCUGGCGCUGAGUGACUUCACGUCCACGCCAAACCCAGUUUGUCAGCUGUGUAAUUAUGCCACACACGUCAUGUACCACUUGCCGUCGCUCUUUUUUCUCGACACCUAUGACGUCUCCAACACACAAAUCACGGAAGUAGCCGAGUCUACUGUGAUGAAGAAGAUGAUGUUUUACAAUAUGCGUGCACGCACCCCGCGGAGGAAUCUCACAGAGACGUUGCUGGGUCUUCUCAAAAAGAAAAACGCCUCGCUGGAGUCACCGAAAGAAAACAUUCGCUCACUCAAUUACACCUUAAAAAAUCUUGAACUUUGUCUUUGUAAGAAGCCUGUAGAAGAUGCACACAGUCACCUAAAGGAAGAUUUAAGCACCAAAGGUGACAGCUGUGACCCCUCUGCAGAGCAAAUACUGAGAAAGAUUGAACUACUACAGCAGAGACUGGCUAUUUGGACCAGGAGGCUGCAUGAAAUUGAAAGCUGGCAUCAACACAACGUAUCCCAAGCGACAGAAUUGUUGGAGGACACUGUGCGCUUUAUGUCGACAGAGCUCCACAGUGUUGGAAAUAUUCGCAUGGAGGAAGGCAGCUCCACCGACCCGUGGUUCACUUCCUGUUGCGACCUCCUACUCUCUCGUUUUUCCCUCUCCGAUUACAUGAGUUAUGGCGUCACUGGCAUUAAGAUCAACAGAGUGGUCCGCAUUCACAACAGCGGGCUGAGGCUUCGCUUUAAGGAUAAACUUCAAAAAUUGCUGGCCAGGGAAGACUCUGGCACUUUGGUAAAGAAUUACAAGCAGAUGCUUGAGCACUUGUUCUACGUGGGUGACUCGGACCACAACCGUGAGGACGUGUUGAGCGUCCUGGAGGAAGGCUUCAAAUCAGCAAAAGAAUAUAAGGCCCUCGGUAAAAAAGCAGCAGUGCCUUUAUCCAACAGCCUGAUUGUGAGCGAACAGCCAAGAAUUGAGUAUUCAUUACGUCGUGUUGCGCAAGAGGGCGCCAAUACAAAAACAGAUGAAAUCCCUUUCAGAUCUGGGAGAAUUAUCGUUGCCAAAGUGUUCCUGGGCCACAGCGCUCCUAUCAGAGAAGGCGAGCUGGUGCACCGAAGAUCCUAUCCCAACAUUUCGUCUGUAUAUCGUAGUGUGCACACCAAGCAGCGAGAUGGACUACACACUACCAUUCCCAAAGGAAGACAGUGGUUUGUCUUUGACAAUGACCUGGUCUUACCCGAGUACAUGAUUUGUUUUGAAUACCUCACUGGAGGCAGUGAACAGCCUACAUCAUUAGACAACUGCAUCCAAGUCGUUGACCCUCCAACCUAUGACAACUCAUUGGAUAAGCAAGCCAUCAGCAUGGAGCCCGUUCUGGAACCACCGCCCAAGUUGUUGAAUUUGAAUGGGAAGGUUCUCUUAAAUGUGUCCGGUGCCAGGGUCCUCCGUGAAAUCACGGUGCUGAACCUUCACAACAACAGCCUGAGCAGUCUUAAGGAGAUUUCCUCCCUCCCAGCUCUUCGCCAUCUCACCCUCAGCUUCAAUGAGCUCACCAGCCUCUGUGACAUCGCCCACAUGCGCUAUCUUGAGUUUUUAGAUGUCAGCUUCAACGAGCUUGUGAGCCUUGAAGGUCUCCAGGGGUUAAAACAGCUCAAGCAUCUUGAUGUAAGCUGGAACAAGUUGAGCAACGCCAGCCAAGAUUCCACUGUGCUCAAAACACACACACCCGCCCUGCAGAUACUGGAAACACAACACAACCCAUGGAAUAAGCUGGAGGAAGUCCGAAUGACCAUAUUAAGCUUUGUGCCGACUCUCACAAAACUGGACAACACACCGGUUACUAAGGAAGAAGUCGCUGAUGCUGUUCACAACACGACAAAAAACGUUAUCAACCAGGAAAUGCUUAUUGCUUGCUCAAAUAGCAACAACACGCGUCCCCGUUGUCUCAGCCUGGUUCAAACAACCCAGCUCCUCUCGGAGUUCAUUUUGUCACCCAGAGAACUAAGCCAAGACCUGCAGCCGAACUGGGCCUCAAAGAUAACUUCCCUGAACCUCGACAAUCAGAAUAUUUGUCAGAUGAGCCAUCUGGAUGCCCUCGUCAACCUGCGCUGGGCUUCGUUUAAUAAUAAUUUCAUCUGUGAAGUUGAAGGUCUUGAUUACUGCACUAAUCUGGAAGAGCUCUUCCUUAAUAACAACAGCAUCAGCACAUUCAGCGGUCUCUCACAUCUACAGAAUUUGAGCAAACUCAGCAUGGAUGGAAAUCAGCUUUCCCAUCUUGAUGCCAUUGUCCUCGACCAGCUCCACAAUUUGACCUUUCUGUCUCUGGAGAACAAUGUCAUCACUUCUCUGCAUGGCAUCGACAGAUGCACUGCGCUUCUGGAGCUCUAUGCCGGCAACAAUGAUAUUUCUCUGUCUAGGGAUAUCUACUAUCUCAAGGUGUUGGAAAACCUCAUCAUCUUGGAUCUGUACGGGAAUCCGUUAUCAGAGAGUUUAAAGAACUAUCGUAUUUAUGUGGUGUUCCACCUGCCAUCUCUGAAGGCCCUGGAUGGAAGUGCAGUGGAUGCAGCUGAAUGUGAAAAUGCAAAGGCUAUGUUUGGAGGACGACUCACACCGGACUUGGUAGCUGAGAAAUUGGGUCAUUCCCAUUACGGCAACAUCAACUGCCUCACGCUGAACUCCUGCUCCGUCAGGAGUGUGGACCUGUCUCCUACAGACCUGUUUGUCAAUCUACACAGUAUCAACUUAGAUCACAACAACCUUACCUGCUUCUCAGGCAUAAUCCACCUACCCAAUGUCAAAACCCUGUCUUUAAACUACAACCGCAUUGAGUCCAUCCUACCGAGGCAGAAGACAUUUCUCACAAACAGGCAGAUGUUACACAACAAAGUGCACUCCAGUGGCUAUGGCCAGCAGACCUUAUGCAAAGGGAGCAGGCACAUUGCACCAACCAUCAUCCUGGAGCCUCUGAUGAGCAGCUUGGAGGUGCUGCAUUUGAGUCACAAUGGCAUCUCCAAUAUGGCCAAUCUGGAGCUCAGCAGGCUCACCAAUCUUAAAACGCUCUUCCUUCAAGGGAAUGAGAUCAGCCAGGUGGAAGGUUUGGAGGGUUUGCAUGAUCUCAGGGAGCUGGUGUUGGACAGGAACCGGAUAAGGGCCCUGUACGAGAACUCUUUUGUUUCCCAGGGCGUCCUGCUAGAACUGCACCUUACAGAGAAUCGCAUCCGGGAGCUCAACCAUCUCUAUCCGCUUGUUGAGCUCCGCAAACUUUUCCUGGGCAUGAACAAGCUUCAGGACAUCACAGAGCUUGAUAAACUUGACGUUCUUCCCUCGCUGAUGGAACUCUCCGUUGUUGGCAAUCCGGUGGCUCGAAACUCUCUCCACAGACCUGCGGUGAUGCGCUGUCUGGGGCAGUUGCAGGUCCUGGAUGGCAUGACGGUGACCAUAGAGGAAAGAACCAGGGCCGAAAUUACAGACGCAACACAAUGUGAGGAGUGUUGUGCGGCUUCUGCCCUUGAAGCCAACCAGUCUGGACUGAUGACCUACAUGCCUGUCAGAGGGAUGUCCAUGACGGGACUACAGAACCUCAUUCAUGGACACGACAUGCUCCCGAGUAACAAGGAUGAGCCCCAGGUCCAGUACACCACCAAAAACAAGAAGACAACAGAGAAAAAUCCUUCAACCUUUCAUGCCGACGUGAGCACCAGACAGGUCCGAAAAACAAGAAACAACUUGAUACCGGCAUGUCCCCUUCCCCAUGGGAAGUGAGAACAACACUUCUACAGUACAGGAACAAAGUACAGUACCAGGUUGAUUCAAUUCUACAAAUGUGUUUUUUUUUUUUUUAUAUUGUGAUGAAGUCUAUUUGAAAUCUGUAUCUCGACUCAUCAUUAAGUAUUUAGAUCAGAUUUCUUUUACACCACCAUAAUGCAUGUUAAAUAAACAAUGAAGAUGUGAUCGAGUGGUCAAGGUGCAGCUUCAAAACGUCUUUCAGAAAGCCUCCAAUGUUGUGGAUUGACAUUCUUUUAGCAGAUGAUAUCAAGGUCAAAUAGUAUCAGAAAAAGGACAACAAGCAUACCACAUCAUGUGUCCAAACAGCUUAAAGCAACUGGCAAAAACAAAAACAUCACAAGCAAUAAAACCCUGUAGACAAUUGCCCUGCUUUAAACGGCCGUGUAUUGCAUCACUUUGAAAUGCAUUUCAAAUGACUGACUUUAUUUUCUGACCACACAUCGGAAUCACUAACCAUGGUAAUCUGAGGAUGAGAGGUUUUUGGUGUCACUUUUACAGUUAUCCCAAACAAGUGCUGGCCGCAGAUGUAUGAGGUUGGCACGCUCACAUCCAUUGGGUCAGAUGCAUCCCCUACAAGUGGAUAAUCCAGCUUUAGCACACCUCUCUGUGGACAAUAAUCUGCAAUCACUCAGAUAAAGAUGUAAUCUUUAGCGAGGUCCAAAUGGAUUUCAGAGAUUGUCACUUUCAUCAUGUUGGCCUCUUUAAAAAAAAAAAAAAAAAAGUCAGCUGCAAUGUCAUCAAAUCUCAUGGGAUGUCAGUGGAAUGGAACCAAUCACCUUGUCCGUGUACCCUUAUACGAUGUUAUUUUUGUUGCACAUGGGCAUCCACUCGUGCAUUACUUUUGUUGCACAUGGGUGUCCACUCGUGCAGUGCUCUUAACGCAAACACAAGAAACUGACAUCUCCAUCUGUCCAUCCGUCCCGGUCCAGCAUGCUGCCUCAGAUUGCCCAUAAUUACUAAUCUUACAUUUAUUGUGUUGUAGUUUUGACACAGGGUGCUUCCGGUACAUCCACUGCCAGAAUGACCCGUGUAGACAGGACAAGCAUGCAGCUCACAGUUCCACUCAUCCAAAACGGCAAAGCUCUCCAGAAACAAGCUCCUCUAAUGCAUGUACUUCACUUAACUCCCAGCAUUAAGCGGGGCUAAUGACUGCAAGAGAGCACAACGUCAUUACCUUGCUCUGCACGCCUGACAUGAAAAUUGCAGCUGAUGGGACUUAAUAUGCGCAGAUUUGGGGACUCAGCCCCGACCGCUCCAGUGCAUGAGGUAUUACAAAGGAUAAUUACACAUGUGAAGCACGUGUGCAGUAUGGAUAUGUAUACACGUUUAAAUGUGGUUUUGUGCAGUGAAGCAUCGGGGAGUCACACAGUUUAAUUUUGUAAAGUAUUUUUUUUUUCCCACUCAAAAAAAGAAUAAAAAAAACACUGGGAAGAAAAUAACCAAAGUAGAUUUUGCUAUGAAACAAAUUUGGAGUGAUAUUUGUUUUUUUCACUUUAAAAUUGUAAGUACUAGUCGUUGUAGUCAACAUACUAGUCCUGUAGUUUGGGAUGGCACACUUUUGGGCCUUGAGUGUGACACCCGUGCGCCACAACAUGCCUCCCUUUGCAUAUCUGUCAGAGUUUUUAACAUUAAAAUCAAAUUAGCCCAAAGAUGGUGAAUAAUGCAUGGGAGCUGAGCAAACCCAGAUCCACUGCUCUCUCUCUCUCUCUUUUUCUGUGCAGCUCAUCCACGUGGUUCAUAGCUGGUUUAAUGGGAUGGAAUGUGACAGGUUAUGUUUUCAUCCGCCUGAUAUGGAGCUGGGCUCAGGCGGGAGAGGGUGGAGAGGGACAGGGCCUGCGCUGAUAUGAUCUGGAUUCAUAAUUAGACAUGUUUGUACUUGUCAUGAAUCAGUUAUAGAAGAUGCACUUUCCAACCCCCCACCAAUACACACACACAGAAGAAAGGACACACACUCCGUAUGGGGUCCAUUACUGCUGGUCCACUGGCUUCCUACAUUUGCUGCGUGUGUGUGCAUCCACAGCACCAUUAGUCCAAGACUCUGUGAAUAAUUGCUGAAUGGACCAUGUUUUUACCGCUAUCUACUCAGGGUCCAGUGUCGGGGGGAUUACGUUGUGGAUGACAUUACAGACAUAACGACAUUGAUUGAUGUUUUAUUCCGAAGAUAACAGCAAGCGCAUUGCUCCGAGCAGCAUGAAACUAGACACAUUUAUUACACAUUUAUCAACUUGUAUUAACUUUAAAUGUAGUGUGGCUGGAGGUCACAAUUACACGAACAUCAAGCCUUGAAUAUAAAAGGACUCUUGCAGAUGCUUUCAUCAGUACAACGGGAUAAUUUUUCUUCAGAAGCUACACAUUACGUUGUCUUCUUUUAUUUUCAUCUGCUUUUUCCUCUUCUGUAUUUUGUUUUCCCCUGAGGCUUCAAGGAAUAAAGAGGGUCAAACAUAGAUACAAGUAAUCAUAGGAGGGACACAAUUAGACUAAAAAGAAAACAUUUUUGUUGAUAGGAAAUUAAAGCUCUUCUAAAUUUAGACUUGCAAUGAAGGAUGAUUUGGUUUUUGUCCAGGUUGAAACACAGGUGUUGGAUAUAUAUAUAAAAAAAA